CUUCUGUCUUUGACCUUUUCCCACAAUCCACCGGGGGAGGCUUAAGGCGCCUUUCGCAGCCCAUGCAUGUCAACAAGGAGGAGGAGAAGACGCUCGGCUUCAAUAAGAAAAAUCUAAUGCGUGAAUAUAAUAACACGCUGCUUUUGUGGGACAAUACGUGUGUCUUACAUUCCUCCGCUUAACGUCCUUUACGUGUAUUUACUCCGACAUGGCUCCGUUCAGCUUAAUGACAGCAAGUGCUAGCUGGUUGGCUAAGUCCUUCAGUGUUCUCUCCUGCACAAGCACUCUGGCAAGGUGUACCAGUGUCCCCCGAGCUGCAUACAUCAACUCAGUAAAAUGGCUGACCUCUCAGGCCAGCGGGCCCCCAAAGAGACCUCUCAACGGAUACAUGAGAUAUGUUCUGCAACAGCAGCCAGUCAUGACCAGACACAACCCAGAAAUCAAAUCAGUGGAUAUCAUCAGGAGAAUCGCCCAGCAGUGGAGAACUUUGAGCCCUGAACAGAAACAGCCUUUUCAGGAAGCCUCUCUACGGGCCAGGGAGCAGUUUAAGGUGGACCUCCAGCGCUACCAGGCCCAGCUGACCCCAGCACAGAUCCAGCAACAAGCCCUGGAGAAGAGGCAGAGGAUGGCCAAGAGGAAGGCCAUCCGCAAAAAGAGGGAGUUGACCAACCUGGGGAAGCCCAAGCGGCCUCGCUCUCCGUUCAACAUAUUCAUGUCGGAGCACUUUGAGGAGGCCAGAGGAACCACCACGCAGGCAAAGAUGAAGUCACUGAUGGAGGACUGGAGGAAUCUGUUCAGUCAUCAGAAACAGGUCUACACGCAGCUGGCCGAGGAUGACAAAAUUCGCUAUAAAAAUGAGAUGAAGUCGUGGGAAGACCACAUGAUGGAGAUUGGACGAGAAGACCUGAUCCGGGAGCAGACCCUGUCUACCAAGAAAAAACCUGCUGCUAAAACUGUAGCGGCCAAGAAAGGAACGAAGAAGGUCAAAGCUAAAGCAGUGAAGAAGGCCACUGCCACAGGGAAGUCAAAGACCACUGGGAAGACAACAAAAAGUAGCUCUGUGAAAACUGUCAGGACUACCAAGAAGACAUAAGAUGUGUUUAUGUCCACAUCUAGAGUAGAGGAUUUCUGAUGUUCUGAUGACCCAGGGCUGUGCUCUGCUUGUUUUUUUCCCUCAAACUUCAAAGUCACUGUUGUCUUCUUAGCUUCUUAGGGUCAACAGGGCAAAUCUUUUACAGCAUUCAGACAGAUGAAGAUCAUUUCACAAUACCCUUAUUAUCACCUUUGUUCUGUGAAAACUACACCAAAUAAUACAUUUUACAAGGAACAAUGUGAUCCUAUUGUCGAUCUCUACAAACACACCCUGGCUUUGAUUGGUUGGUUGAAUCCAUCUAAAUGAUGUAAAGUGGGAUUGUUCCAAGCUAAGAAAGUGAGUUAGUUGAUGAAAUGUAAUGUUUUCAGAAGCUUAGACAUUUGAAUUAAGUGUUAAAGUGAUAAUAGGAGGCCCAGAUACUGAGGUUAAACGGUUCCAUUGCCCUGAGUGUAACCACAAUAUGUUUUAGGAGAAUAGAAGGGUUACUGUUGUUGUCCCCAAAAUCUAGAAUGACAGCCGCCUUAUCCUUACCAAAGUGUAUGUCACGUGUGGAAGUGUGCUGCCCUUAGUGCAGCUUGUUGGCCAGUUCUCAGUAAGUUGAGAAAGUUCAUUGGUUCAAAUUCCUCUAAAGAGCAGACAUUAUCCUGGUUCCCCUGAAUGCAACCUGACUGAAUUUGUUGUUUCGUUGCUGUUGUUGACUUAAAAUAUUGUACAGUCGCAACGUCAAACUGUGAAAUACUGCUAUUUGUCAUUUAUGACAAAAGUAACAUUAUUGACUGACAGUUUGGUUUUCUAAACACCAGAAGUUCCAAAUGAUGCAUUGUUCCAGUUGAGCUUUAUAUGAGAUGCUUUUUUUCCUGUUAAGUGCUGUAAAAAAAGCUGUUGAUAAUAAAAUAAGCUUUUUCUCCCCCACAGCGCCUUCAUCCAAAUGAUUAUGUUUUGGUGGAAUAAAGGAUCUUUCCUCCCUCAGAUGCCAACUGCAAAAUACUAGUUUGUUCUGAUUUCACCGUAUGAAGUCGAUCAGAAGUAGCUCAAUGGUGUCACAAAACAUUUUAUGUGGAAAUUCAGCCAAUGUUGGUUAAUAGUCCUAAAAUCCAGAUUCUGUUUGGUCGUCAUGUUUGUAAUGAAAACACCUGUUAAUUAUGAAGAACGUACUUUCAGUAUUGACAGUUUAUUUUGCUUAUAGAAUGUAUUUAGUGCUACCAUUUUCAGACAGCAUUACCGAUGGCAUGUUUUCUUUGUAUUGUGUAUUUACUGAAUAAAAAUGUGCAUACGCCUUUCUA